GCGGCCGGGUUCGAAAGCGGCGCGCGGGGGGCGCGCGCGAGCCCCGUCCCGGGAUGGCGGAGGCCUUGAAUCAUUUAAAAAAAGACUACAGAGCAAGAUUCUGCCAUGGAGGAGGAACUAAGAUUGAUAUACAGCCAGGUCAAAAUGUACUGAAACUCAUACAGGAUUGUUUUGAAAGUUGCAGCAGUGAUCUUACAAUAAACUCUCCAAAUGCAACCCUUUGCCCAGCUCCUAUUGUCAAAAGUGGGAAGAGGACUUCAGCGCAGAGCCAAAAGCCAAAGGCAAGAUCAAACAAGUCUGUGAAAAGAGCCUGUAAUUCUCCAGAAUCCUCACCUACAUCACUGCUAAAACCAGUCAGCAGCAGAGGACAGUCUUGUGAAUCACCCUUGAAGCCUGCAAUACAUGAUGGUGUAGCUGUUUCUAAAAAAACAGAGUCUCCUGUGUCUAAAAGCAAAAAAAAUACAUUAGAAGAUGUUGAAGCGCUGUGCCGAAGUCCUGCCUUGUUUUUGGACCCUGAGGAUGAUCACAGGUCUGUUGGAUCACCUUUUCCUGUGGAGAAAGGGAGAAGUUCUCCUGUACUUAAAUUGUGUUUUGAUGGCUGGAAUACACCUGCUGCAGCAAAGAGCUGUGGAGAAGCUGAAAAUUUGGAAGGACCUCAGACUGGGAGAGAUGAGCAGGUUGUUCUUGUGCAAGGAACAGAACCUGUUGCUACAUCUUGUCUGCAGAAAAAGAAGACUUUCUCUUCAGCUUUCUUAGCAGCUGUAGCAACUGGAACACUUCGACAGAGGUAUUCAGCCUCGCUAUCACCCCCAUCACCUCCUCCUGUGAAAGAUCAAGAUAUAGAAAUCGAAAAUGAAUGUGAAUUUUUAAUCGACGAAUCAGGUGGCGCAUCUUUUACUUCUUGGAUUUCAAUACCCAGUAAGAACAAAAAAUCGAAAAAAGAUGGCUCUGCAACUCCUGCUUCUAAAUCUCAGCCCUCUGAAAAGAAGACGACACAGAAUAAGAAAGGCAAGAACAAGGAAGCACAGGUUGAAGCACUUACUAAACAGAAACCGAAUAAUCUGGAUGUUGGAGCAUUUGACUUCAAAAGAACGUCAAAAUCAGAUCCAGUCUCUAACAGUGAAGGAAAGGUCCUUAAAUCUCGAAGCCAAAAGGGUACUCAUACAGGAAAGACUAAAAAGGAUGCACUUAGGCAAGACUCUCCAAACCAGAAAAAGAACACAUCCUGGAAACCACUAGCUGAAAAACUGAUGUUGUCAUGGUCUGGAUUGGAAACAGAAGCAUCUGAUGCAGAAAAAUGUAAAACAAAGGUGCUGCCAAGUGAAGAUUUGCCUAUGCCCUCAUCUGGGCGUCAGCAAGAACAGACUAUGUCUCCAAAAAAGUCUCUCAAGUCUUCCAAGAAUCCGCAGUCAGCUUCAAAAGCUUCUCAGCAUUUAGAUAAGAGGAAACAAACUGCUAAGCAGAAACUUCCAAAAGUUAAAGUAGCUAAGAAAGUGGCAGUAAGUCCAAGGAAGGAGCUUAAAAAAUCUGUCCAAAAAAGUAGUAAUAAAAAGCCUCAGUUACAAAGAGAGAAGAGUUCUGACAGUGAACCUAGUGAAGAAGAGCAUGAAAGAGAGCUUGUAGAUCUGAAAGACGUGUGCACCACACCCUUGCGUCAGAAAUUAGAGACUCCCGUGAUUCAGAAAUUUGCUGUGUCUGAAAAGCCUAGAAAUGUGUUGCACACACUGGAGUCAUCCGGUGGUGCAAAUAACCGAACUCCUGUGAAAGCACUGCAGCAUCCCAUGGACAGUGUGAAGAAGUCUGAAAAGAAACAGUUGCCAGCCAAGUAUUCAGGGAAGAUACCCGAAAAGAUUCCUUGCAGAACCAAUAAAGCUGUUUACUCAAACUCUGAGGACACUGAGUCUCAAACAGAUUCUGACAGCUCUUCUGUACAGAACGUGGCGAGGAAAAAGCAGAAAUUAUCAGAUGUGAAAAUAAAAAAUAACAAAAGGAAACGUAACAGGCAACAUGGACUGCAAGAUUCCUUUGUGGCUGAGAGGGCUGUGAACUAUGAAAGUGGGCCUGCUCUAGAACAUUGUGAUAAAUUUGCUUUCAGCAGUAAGUCUUGUGAACAGUAUGAUACAUCUUCAGAGAAUUUUGAUGACUUGAAUUACAAAGUAAUAGAUCCGUUGUCAGACAACAUAGCAAGGCAUAAAAUAGUGAUGCCUUCCAACACACCUAACGUUCGUCGAACAAAAAGGAUACGGCUAAAACCUCUGGAAUAUUGGAGAGGCGAGCGCAUAAACUAUAAUAUGAACUCUUCAGGAGGGCUUGUGAUUAGUGGAUUAGUGCAUCCAGAAACACAACCUUGCAGUAAGAAUAAACAGAGGAAGGAUCAUCAGAAGCAGAAAACCAAUAAAACAAAGAGAAGAGAGAUACCUGCAAGUUUGGAUCACAACCUAGCUGAUACUUCUAAGCCAACCAUUGUACUGGACCCAGUAACAAAUGAGGAGGUAGUUCUGGAAUGUGUUAACACUGAAAGCAGUCACGCUUGCUCCUUCAAAGAUGAAGCGGUAGAAAUAUACAAAAAUUUGAAUACAUCUGUUUUUGCAACUGGUAAAUUGAUUUUGAAACCACUUAAAGAAAAGGGACACCAAUUUGUCCACAUGGAUACAAUAGCUUUCCAUAUUAUCCGUGGCAAGAUUAUUGUUACAUUACAUAAGACAUCAUAUUAUCUGACUACAGGGGACUCCUUCUAUGUUCCACCAGGAAAUGGAUAUAACAUACGUAAUCUUCUGAACGAAGAAAGUGUUCUUCUCUUCACGCAACUCAAAGUCAGGUGAAGAACCUUCUGCAGAGAAGUUUGCUGAAACACUUCUCAAGCUUUUGUAUGUUCUGGAGUUCUUUUUACAUACAAAAAAUGUUCGAGUGUGCCCACCUCAACAUUACAAAUUAAAACAGAGCAGGUGAAAUCAACAUAAGAAGAGUUGAGAACAAAACCAAAAGAACCUCAGUAGUUUGCUGUCAAACUGAAAUGAGACACUGAAGGGCCUCACUCUGCAUCAACUACUGUUCUUGUGCCAUCCAGUGACAGAAAGAUACAAGUAUAAAAUGUGUGGGUAUAUUUAUUGUCCCAAAUUGUAUCAAUAUGCUUAAUCUCCCUAAAGAUAACUUAGCACUUGAAAAAAUGUUGACAUCUUCAGCUAUCUGAUAGAUAGUCUUAACAACUGCCUGGUACAAACUGCUUAGAGUAAUCUCUGUUUAAAUGAUGAACCUGCUGUUUGCAUUCCAGUAAUUGUUGUCUGGGAGAUGGGCUGCUGAAAUGUUUGUGCGCUGGGGUCCAGCCGCCUUCUAAAUAUGCUAAUGACAGGCAUUUGUUCCUUGUCUGGCAGCUGUAUGAUUAGUGCCUCCAGUUCCAAUAGUAAAGCAGAAGCUUUUAAGUAGGAGCUUAUCAGUUGUGUCUUUUGUGUGGAAGCUGUGGCCUGAUUAGCUCUGAACAUUGUUGAUAGCUUUAUUUUGUGUAACAGCGAUAGGUCAUUGCCAAAUAUAUUACUUUAAUAUCUCCUUUUGAUUUCCUUGCUGUGUUCCUGGAUAGUAAUGAGGACCUUUGGGAAAGCUGUAAUUAUACUGUAUACUCGAGAAGCCAAGUCUAGACAGCAGAUGGUAUCCAUAGCAUUUGUCUCCCAAGCUCUUCAAGGUUCCUUCUGGCUGAAGAUAAACUACAGCUAUUCUGAUAGGGUGCUUUCUCUUCUCUGGUCACUGCUAUCCUCAGAGAGGAGGAGAUAAGGAAAAUUGAAUUGGAAUCGAGAAGUUUUAAGGAUUUGAGGAUUGAGUGUUGACCUCAUAAAUGGUUUUGGCCAUGAUAUUUAUGCUAAAUCCAGAGUAUACAUUAAAGUAGGAAAAAUGAAUUGGCUUUCAGAUGCCAGCUGACUUUGUGUGUCUGCGAGAGGGCUUGGACACCAAGAUUGCCAUGCUUCUGUGAAAGGUCCUUUAGGCUGGGGAGUUUGAGAUACUACUUUUUGUCAUGCUCUUUCAAGUAGUAUUUCCUAUAGCUGGGGCAUAGGGACAGUGGAAAUACUUGGUAGAGGUUAUGUGACAUCUUUUCAUUCAUGACUGGGUUACAUGUAACUGGGAAGAUGAAACAGGAACGUGCCUUUUGCCAUUUAGUUCUACCUCUGUCUUGAUACGAACUAUUUGUAUCAGAGUUCAGACUACACAGAAGGAACUUUUUUUCCCAACCUCAACUUUUGUAAGCAGUUUGAGUUAAAAUUUAAAAAAAAAAAAGUCAUUUAGUCACUAGAUGUGAGUUUGAUGUUGACUCAGAUGAGAAGUGAUAUGUUACCCUUCUCAUAUCAGGCAUUGAUGUGUCUUCCCCCCCUGCACUGUACUGGCACACUGCAGCAAGGUUUUGAGUUGGUUUUCUCUUGGGUCAAGAGUAAGUGGUGAGAAAUAUGUCCUUUGGGAUGCUUCCUUAGAGAGAAGUAACGUGCAGACCUUUUCCUGACACAGGCUGGAAAGUGCAGGUGUUCAAAUGCAGGUUUGAGGUCAGCAUGCCUGUUUGUGUUUUCCUAAUUCUGUGUCUGGGAGUGUCAGCAGAAUAGAGUGGAUUUGGUAAAGUAUGUCGCUUUUUAGUCUGGAUGGGUUUGUUGCUUUCUGAUUAGUCGGCUUCUUGGGAUAGAUGUCCUGUGUGAUUCGAGGAGAACAUUUUGUAGUUGGACUACAUCUCAAAAUGUUUGUGUUUUACUUCUUUUUUAAGAAGCAAUACCAGUUGUGCCAAGGGAUGUUCUCUGGAAUAUUGCCGUGGCUUAGCAACACUUCUACUGUUUGCCAGUAGAUGGGGCUUCAAGCACAGAUGUUUGUUCUUCACUGGCCUCUAUGUUCUAUCAGGGUCUGGUUUUUGAAAGGUAGCAAGGAGUGUGUUACAGGUGGAGAUAAAUUCAGUUGAAUUCUGUUGCAAGGAAGUGUAAAUCAGUUGCCAUUAACAGUAGGACUUGGUCCUGAAUGCUGCUAGGUUCAUUCUGUUAGCAUGGAUGUUGUACUAGUUGCAGCCACUUUCUCAAAAUUGUUUUUUAAAUCAUCAGUGGACUGCAGGAAUUGUUGAGUUGACCUGGGUUGUUCACUGUUGGCUUGCAUUACAUGUUAAUUUUUUUAAUUCAACUGGACACUUGUAUGAAAUUUGCUUCUGUGUCAUUAGCCUGAAUAUAGUGUGGGGAGGUGCAAGAGGAUCUUCAGAGUUCCAGGACUUCCAUGGCUGCUGAGCUCUGCAGCAUGUCAGUCAGUAAUCAGUUGCUGGUCAGAAGCAGCAGCUGAUGUUUCACCUCUGCCUGGUCUUGUUUUGGCUGCAUUUUUGUGUACAUCAGGCCAAAUUGGAUAUCACAAAUAAAAAAGCUGUUUCCAAAAUGUGAGAAGUUUGCAAUCUUCUUCCUGCAUAUGUGUGAUUCUUUUUACCAGCAUGUUUUCUACUCUGCUGAGUAAUCUCACUUCCACUGGCUACUGUGGUUUAGCCAGGUUUUUGUUAAGCUAGGCUGACAUUGGUUAGCCAGUGUUACCUGUGGUGAAGUUGGGAGCACUGUUGUGUGAGAGACAUGGCCUUUUCAUCUGACUGUGAGAUAUACAUACUGUUCCUGGAGGAUGCAUAGUGAUAUCCUGCAGGAUAUCCCUGUUUUAGUAUAUUAAUUCAUUGCUUUCUGUCAACAGUAAUUGAGAGAGCUGGAAACAAAAGCCGAGUCAAAUAUUUCAGCUUCAUGUUAGUAGGUACAUGUGUUCUGUAGUAGGUACUCUGGUAACAUCCAGAGACUUGUUUUAAGGAACUUAGCUGAGAAGUCCCACCACCAUAAAGCAUCAGAGUUUUGAAGGCUUUGGCUCCCUUUGAAAAUAAUUACAGGUUAGUAGGUUCUUUUGCAGAUCUGUCUCUUUGUAGUUUCGUUUGGUUAGAAAACUGUUCCUGUUUUACUAAGCAAAGCUUAGUAAAAGAAGCAGAAGAAUAAUUGCAGAACUGUCAGAUGUGUAUGCACAUCCAUAUUUGUACAACUCUGUAAACAUAAAAUAGGAGAUUGUGAGCUGAGUAAUUACAGAAAAAAAUAAACAGGACCAAUAAAACAAACUGUUGAGGCACA